CAAGCAGCAUCAAGUGAGUGGCGUGCAGCGCCUUCGACCGCCGAACCAAGUCCGCGAGCCGUCCACGUCGUCGACAUUAAGGCAACAUCUCUCGCGCGCGCGUGCGUCCUCAGCGGAGGGCGACGGGAACGUCGCAUUGAGGACGGGGGGAAGAUUUCUUCAGCCCACACCCCUCCCGACGCCGGCGUUCGCGCGUGAACAUUCACCGGAACCUGCGCGUUGCGCUGCUUUCAUGGUGUCGCUUGUGUUGCGCCUGCGCGCGAGAGAGAAGGGCGACGUGAAAUACGGACGUGGAGGCUCGGAUCGGCUGGCGCGAGAGAGAAGGAAGGAUGGCGCCGCUAACCGCAGAAAUGGCCCAGCGUGUUACCCUCCGCAAGCGCACGCCUUACAACACCACCUCCAACCGCAGGCGGGUUGUGAAGACCCCCGGUGGCAAGCUCGUUGUCCACCACAUCAAGAAGCUUACUUCGGCGCCCAAGUGCGGUGACUGCGGCAACGCCCUUGCCGGCAUCCCCGUCCUCCGCCCCCGCCAGUACGCCACCCUCUCGAAGCGCCAGAAGUCGGUUUCGCGCGCGUACGGCGGCUCGGUCUGCGCUGGCUGCGUCAAGCAGCGCAUCACCCGUGCCUUCCUCAUCGAGGAGGCCACCAUCGUCAAGCGCGUCCUCAAGGCCAAGGCCGCUGCCUCGAAGAAGUAG